AUGAGCACCUCCAGCUCCCCGGAGAAAGCCAUAAUAAUCGGCAUCUCCGGCCCCUCAAGCAGUGGCAAGACAACCCUGGCCCGCCUCCUCCAACAAAUCUUCUGCGGGGUAAAUCUGCAGUCAGCAAACAAGAACUCCCUAAACACCUUCAUGAUCCACGAAGAUGACUUCUACUUCUCAGACGAUAAAAUCCCCUACACAACAACCGCCUCCGGCACCAAAAUCCAAGACUGGGACACACCCUCAGCACUAGACCUCCCCUUCCUGUCACAAUCACUCCUCUACGUCCGAGAAAACGGCUCUCUUCCGCCACGUUUACGGAGUAAAGAGGAUCAGAAUUCUGCCACGGACUCCGGUGUUUCAGAGGAGACGGUACAGGAACUACGAAGUCUUGUCGAGGGACGACUGCAAGGGAAUGUACUGCAAGGGAAUAAUGUAAAGCAGUCGACCCCCACCCUCGCCUUUCUUGAAGGUUUCCUUCUCUUCGCACCGCCCAAUGAUGCGAAGCACAUCCUGCGCUCGGUCCAUGACGCUAUUAACUUGCAUUUGUUUUUACCUGCGCCGUAUGGAAUCGUAAAGGAGAGAAGGGAGGGACGGAGUGGGUAUGUUACUGUUGGGCCGGCGCCGGAGCCUCCGAAGGAGACUCCUUCGGAGACUGAUGUUAAUGUGAAUGUGCAUUCGGGUGUUGGUGUAGAUCUUGAUGGGGAAGAUGAUCGGGAGGCGCAGAACUUUUGGGUUGAUCCGCCCGGGUAUGUAGAUGAUGUUGUUUGGCCGAGGUAUGUGAGGGAUCAUGCUUGGUUGUUGGUUCCGGAGGGGGAGGGGCAAGUGGAGGGGGAAGACGAGGCUGAGCUGGUGAGGAGGGUUGGGGAGGGGACGAGGGUGAGGAGGGAUGUUGGGGUUGAGGUUGCGCCGGGGGAGGGGAGGGCCGGGAUGGACGUUAUCUUGAGGUGGGCGGUUGAGGUUAUUUUGGGGUAUUAUUUAGAGAGGAUGUAG